GAGAACUUCAAAAAAAAAAAGUCAAUUAAUGUGUAGAAGAACCCUAGUAAAAAUAAAAAAAACUGCUUACGUAGUAGAACGUACGGUCACCCACGUCUUAUGUACAGUAUUUUAUGGUUUUAAAAACGUUUUUUAUUCAUUAAAUUUCGUUAAAAGACUAAAAGGUAUAGCGCUCUAAAUACCUACCGGCAAAAUGCCCAAAAAUAAGAAAAAGGCCGAGAGCUCCAGCAGUGAUAGUGAUGAUGGACCCGUUGAUAGAAAUCUUCCACCAGAGAAAAAGGCGAAAAUGAGUUCUAGAACAAAUGACAAAGAACCAACAUGGGUUUUAGAAGGGAAAAAGCUUGUUAAAGUGCGCGAGUUUAAAGGUAAAGUAUAUGUUGAUGUAAGGGAGUUCUAUGAAAAGAAUGGUGAAUUGUUACCAGGAAAAAAAGGAAUAAGUAUGACUCCUGAACAAUGGAGGAAACUGUUAUCACUAGGAGAUGAGAUAAAUGAAACUAUUAGUACUAAGUGUUAAAAGUUAAUGUUGUUUUUGAGAUCAGUUAAUAUAAGAUUGUUUAAUGCAUAUUAAGUAUCUUUAUUGAUAAUAAAACAAAUAUAAUG